AUGUCCUCCGCCGACACCGCCCCAAUAUCCCCCACCCGCUUCGCCGCCGCCCUCAAAGACCUCUCCCUGCCCACCCUGCACCUCAAGGUCCUCGAGAUCCGCAACUCCAUCCUGCACCUGCAGUACUCCAACGCGCAGCUCAAGCCCUUCGCCGAAGGGCUCGCGACAACCCUCGACGCCGCCACCGACGCCGCCGCCGGCCGCCCGGACCCGGACUGCGUCGAGGCCAUCCGCGAGAACGAGGCCGUCAUCGCCCGCAUGGAGGAGCGCGUCGCCAUCAUCCGCGCAGAGGUCGAGGAGCGCGGGCACAGCUGGAACGAGUUCCGCAGCAAGGAGGAGGUCGAGGCCGAGGGGGACAAGGCGGAAGGCACUAAUGGAACGGGUGUGAAUGGGACCGUGACUGCUGCGACGACGACGAAUGGAUUGGCUGCUGCGCGGGAGGAGGAGGAGAGGACUGCAAACGGCGCGGGUGCUGCUGCUGCGCCGAGCGCGCACCCUGCGUGGUUGGACGGCACUUUUCAGACGGGCACGAUACGCAACGGGGAGAUCCAGCUGGAUACCCAGCCGGGGCAGCGAGCGAAUGGGACCGGCGGCCGGCUGACGGACGAGGAGCUUCGUCGGGCGAUGGAGGAGCAGAUGAGAGGCCUUGGUCAGGAUGAUGAUGAGGAUGGCGGCAUGCACUUGUAG